UAUAUCAAAAUUAAUUAUUACUUUAGCAUUUUUUUUUUCUUCAUUUAAUAGACAAAGUCAAUGUCAAGUUGCAAGUUGCAAGUUUUUUCGUAAUUGUCUCCUUUUUUUAUCAUUCAAGAUCCCUGUUACACGUGAGAAGCUCAUUAAACAAUGCACCAGUUGAGCCACCUUACUUGCCUGUCAUUCUAUUCUGUUUCUAUGUUCACACCACAACAUGAUCAGAAAAACGACAUCCUAUUCUUCAAAAUAGACGGCAUUGACUCUUGAAAGAUGUGGAACUCAGCAAAGGUGAUCUCCUUAAUUCAAAAACUGACUCUGAUUUCAUCAGCAAUUGUGGUUCUUGUUCUUGUUCUUUUUCUUGCAUUCUUUUUUUUAUCUCAAAUUAGGAGCUAGCUACAGACAUGACUCCUGUGAAUAUUGCAACUGUCAUUUUAGCCAAGGCCGGCGAGUACCUGGUGGCACCCAUUGGCAACCAGCUAAGCUAUUUUCAUGGCUACAACACCAACAUAGAGAACUUUCAAAAGCAGCUUGAGAAACUCUGUGAUUCAAGAACUCGCAUCCGACAGUCUGUAAAUGCAGCCACAAGAAACGGGGAACAAAUUAAAGCCGGUGUCCAAAAAUGGCUAAGAAAUGCAGACCUGGUGAUAGCAGAGGCAGAGGAGUUCAAUUUCGAAGUCCAACUCAACAGAAGGUGUUUCAAUGGGUGGUGUCCUGAUUGGAUGUCACGGUACAAGUUGAGCAAGGAAGCAAUAAACAAGACAGCAACCAUCGCGGAGCUUCAUGGUAAUGGCCAAAUUGAGCAUGUCUCUCUUCCAGCACCUCCACCAGGUAUAGCAUUCAUUUCUGGCAAAGAUUUUGUUACUGUUGAGUCCAUUGAAUCAACCAUGGAUCAGAUUGUCGAGGCAUUGCAGGACAGUGAGUGUGACAUUGUUGGGGUUUAUGGGAUGGGAGGCAUAGGAAAAACAACAUUAGUUAAAGAAGCCGGGAAAAGGGUUAAAGAUUUGGGCCUGUUUGAUGAGGUUGUGUUGGCUGUUGUGUCCCAAACACCGAAUUUGAGAAAGAUUCAAGGUCAAAUUGCAGACAUGUUGGGGAUGAAGUUUAGUGAGGAAAGUGAAAUUGGAAGAGCAGGCCGGUUAUAUGGAAGGUUGAAGAAUGAAGAAAGGGUACUCAUAAUACUAGAUGAUGUUUGGGCGAGUAUCAACUUGGUUGAUGUGGGAAUUCCUCGUGGUGAUGAUCACAAGGGCUGUAAGAUUUUGCUCACUACAAGAAGGGAAAGUGUUUGCUUGGUUAUGGGGAUUCGAAUGAAGAAAUUUCAAGUAAGUCACUUGUCAAUAGAAGAAUCUUGGGAUUUAUUUAGAAAGAGCGCUGGCACGAUUGUUGAUUCUUCCACUUUGAAUGGUGUGGCAAUGGAGGUCAGUAGAGAGUGUGGGGGUUUGCCACUUGCACUUGUAACGGUUGGGAGAGCGUUGCGUGACAAGGGCCUAGAGGAAUGGAAAACAGCACUUCAACAACUCAAGAAGUCUAAGCCCUCGAUUGAUUAGUUGGAACUAGAUCAUGUUUUCUCAUGUCUUAAAUUGAG